AUGGCUCAACUAUGUGAAGCCAGAACAAUACUAAAACGAUUGAGCGAACGUUUAUAUCAACAGAGUAAUUGCGACAAGCAGCCUGAUAUUAAUUCAUUGCAACAAAUCCUUGAUAGUCCAUUAUUUAAUACAUUAUAUAAUUUACAAGAAUCUUUUCAAGAAUUGAAAUUUAAAUUUGAACAAGGAAAUCAUUUAAUAAAAAGUUGUUCAUUUGAUUUUGAUACCGACGGUCAUUUGAAAUUAAUCAGCGAGAAAACAACGAAUUCAAAUAUCGACUAUAACGAUCAUUUAUCGAAUGAAGGUGUCAUUCGAAAAGUUAUUAUAAAUAAAAAUACACCCAAUGAAUCAUUAGGAUUUAGUAUAAUCGCGUAUAAACACCGUUUAUUUGGUAUUAAUGCAAUUUUUAUUCAUGAUAUUCAACCGAACGGCCUUGCCGAUGUAAAUGAUCAACUACGUGUAGGCGAUCAAAUAGUUUGUGUCAACGAUAUUUAUUUUGAUUCACAAGAUUCAACACUCGCCAUUCGUGCUCAUCAACUUCUUCUUGAUUUAACACGUUUAUCAAUUGAACUUGUUGUUGUUGCCACAACUACUAAUUAUCCUCAUGCGGCUGUUGGAACGUCGAACAACGACGAACACAGCUGUGUUCCGACAUUGUCGACGCCUUUUCACGUCGACAUGGUGCUAAAUACAUUGUGGACACAAAUUGAAGUUGUCGAAUUAACGAACGACGGAUCUGGACUAGGCUUUGGCAUCACUGGCAAUAAAUCAACGGGUGUUGUUAUCAAAGCAAUUGUACCUGGUUCAAUUGUCGAUAAAGAUGGUCGCAUUCAUACGGGUGAUCACUUAUUUCAAAUAAAUCAUGUCUUUGUACGUGGUAUGAGCUCUGAACAAGUAGCUGGUAUACUUCGACAAUCUUCUCAGCAAGUUCGUCUUGUUGUUGCACGAAGUGUACGUGAACCACCAGCCGCUUCAACAACUUCAUUAUCAUCAUCAUUAUCAUCAUCAACAACAACAACAACAAAAAUAACAACCGCAGCUGACAUUAAGAUGAAUUCUUCAGCAUUAAUGACACAACGUCCAUCAUCCACAUCCGACACUUUGAUAGGAACAAUAAAUAAUAAUGCAAAAUCAACUACGACACCUUUAUCAAUGAUUAGUGAUAAUGAUGGAAUAAUAAAUAGUUCGCAAAAUCGGAUUCUAAUUCGUACUGAACGUUUACUUGAAAACAAUCACAAUUUUGAAAAAAUUAUUGAAAAUCUUCGUGAGCAGUGUCAAUAUGAAGAUGGGACACAACUUUUGGAUGUAACAUUAGAGAAAGGUGAUGACGGUUUAGGGAUUACUGUUGCUGGUUAUGUUAGUCCUGAUUCAACAAAUAAUGAUGCCAUAGCCGGUAUAUUCAUUCGUGAUAUAGCUGAAGGUAGCGUAUGUUUCCGCGAUGGUCGUUUAAUGAUUGGCGAUCAAAUUAUUGAAGUCAAUGAUCAAUCUCUUAAUGGCUUUUCUAAUAUUCAAGCACUUUAUUUAUUACAAAAUACAAGUUCAUCUGUACGACUUAAAGCUCGACGCUAUCUUGAUGGUAUUAAAUUUGAAAAAAUAAAAGAAAUGAUAGCUCUUGAAUCAUCACAUCAAUUAGAAGAAAAAAUUGAAUUUCAAUCUCAAGUUGAUAUUUAUGAACAAAUACGUCAAAGAUGGAUUAAAGUUUUAGGAAACAAUUAUGAUAUAUUAGUCACUGAUGUUUAUAAACCUGAUAAUGGUGGUCUUGGAAUAACACUUGAAGGUACAGUUGAUAUUGAAAAUGGUGAAGAAGUUCGACCUCAUCAUUAUAUACGCGCAUUAUUGCGUGAUGGACCUAUUGGUACAGAAGGAACAUUAAAAGCUGGUGAUGAACUUUUAGAAGUUAAUAAUCAAAUUCUAUAUGGAAAAAAUCAUAUCAAUGUCAUUGAAAUCCUUAAACGUGUUAAACAUCAAAUAAAACUUGUUUGUGGUCGCCGAAAAAUUUCUCAAACAAACGAAACUACUACAACGAAUAAUAUUCACAAUCAUAGUCGUUCACGUUCAAUCACAUUCGGACAAACGACUGAAAUUGUUGUUAAAGCUAAAAGUAUGGGAACAUUAGAUGCACAGAAUUCAUCAUUCAAUCAUAACUCAUCAUCCACACGCAUAACACAACAAUAUAAAUCUCGUUCUCUCGAAGUGAUUUCAAAUUUAGCUUUAUGGUCAACAUCAAUUAUAAACGUUGAAUUACAUAAAAGUGAUCAUGGCCUUGGUUUUUCUGUACUUGAUUAUCAAGAUCCAUCAAAUCCAAGUCAUUCACCUGUUAUUGUUAUACGUGCAUUAGUACCUGGUGGCGUUGCACAAUUAGACGGAAGAAUUGUUCCAGGCGAUCGUUUAGUUGCUGUCAAUGAUAUAACACUUGAAAAUAUGACUCUAGAUGAUGUUAUUAAAAUCCUAAAAUCAACACCAAUAGGUCCUGUUAAAUUAAGUUUAUCAAAGCCAUUGCCAUAUCCCAAAUUUAAAAACGAUAACGAUGAAGAUAAUACUACAACCGAUAGUGAUCAAGAUGCAGUCACUACUAAUCAAAUAAAUCAACGUGCAUCACGUAUUAGUAAAAGUUCAACAAUGACUGCCACUAUUAAUAAUCAUAAACGUUCUGCUUCAACUCAUCAUACUUCACGUUCCUCAUCAAUAAAACGACCAGCUGUACCAGCUGGUAUUGCAUUAUCAGCUCCAGCUAUUCUAAGUAAACACGAAUAUUUGGAAUCAUUAGUAGAUAAGGAAAAUAUGAAAAAAAAUAUUGUACCCCGAGCAUCAAGUGCUAGUCGGACAACUUGUCCCGACAGAAUAUCUCCAAGAAUUUCUCCAUUUGAACCUGUGCAAUCUCGAAAAGAUCAAAUUCGACAAUUAAAUAGAGAAGAAUAUCUCGACUUUUUACCACGAAAAGUAUCCACAUUAACAACACAAAAAUUACCACCAGAUAUUACAAUAAAUUUACCUGAAUUUCAAGAUUUUCAGUCAGAUCAUCUUGUGCUUAUACCCCAAAUAAUUUCUCAUCCAUCUUAUGAUCGAUUACGUGGUUUAUCUGCUUUUACAGCAACGAAAUUUAAUCGACAAUCGACAAAUAAUAAUUCUAAUAAUAAUAAUAAUAAUAAUAAUAACAUAAUAUCUCAAACAUUAGUAAGAAUCACAUCCACUGGUUCACCGCAUACAAGUUAUUCUUCAGUGAAACGAUUAUCCCGAUUACGACAAACUCAUGAUACAAGUAAUCAAUGUGACCAAGAACAAAUCCAUAUUAUGCGACCAUCAUCGUUGAGACAAAUGACAAAUAAAUUUGACUCAAUAGCAUGUUUCCAUGAACCUGACUUGAGUAGUGACGACGAACACAAUAAUAAUAAUAAUAAUAAUAAUAAUAAUAAUAAUAAUAAUAAUAAUUAUGAUGCUGCACGUUCUUCAUCGUCAUCGUCUCCACUAACUCAUCGACAUUCGAUAAAAAAUGUUAUUUGUCCAACAAAAACAACUCCAAACGCAGCCACAUCAAUUAUAGACGAAGAUGCACAUGAAGUUGACUCCAUCAUUAAACAGUAUCAACGAAUUCUUACAAAUAAUAAAAAUGAAAAUAAUAGUAUAAUAACACCCACUUUAAAAACACCCACAACUCCAACUAUAGCACCUAAAUGGACUUCAUCAAGACAAUCGUCGCGUAUGGCAUCACCAGCUCUAUCGACUAGUUCACAGUCUUCCGGACGAGUUAUUACAUUUCUAAACCAUGAAGUCAUACAAUUACCUGUGUAUCUUGAACGUGAGAUACGUGUUAAACAGAAUUUUGAUCAACUUGGUUUAGUUGUUGAUGCAUACGUUGAUGAAGGUGUUAAUGGAUGUUUUAUACGUUCUAUAACACCAACACCAACUCUUUCUAAUCAACAUGGUUUAAGACUAGGUGAUUAUAUCUUAUCAAUUAAUAAUGAAAAUAUGAAAAAGAUUAGCAAUGCACAAGCGCGUUCAAUUAUACGGCGUGCCUCACUCAUUGGGUCAGAUAUCAGUGUCGUUUUCAUUCCUGGAGAUGAAGCUAAACAAUUUAUAAGUCAUACACUCGACCCACAAACAGCAUCAUCACCCGUGCCACCCGAAAUAACUUGUUCUAAUGUAGAACCUUCUUUAACUAAACCUGUAAUAACAACAACACCCACAACAACAACAACAACAGCAACAACAGCGACGACGACGACAGCAACCACGGAACAUGGUGAUUCAUAUGUAUUUGACUCUCAUCCUAAUCAACAAACAUAUACAACAAUUAUUGAUAGUGAAACAUUAAGUGCAACAUUGUGGGGACCGCCAAGAACAGUCACACUUCAUCGUAGUGAACAUGUUAAGAGUUUAGGAAUAAGUAUUGUUGGUGGUAAAUUAGAUUUUUCCGGUCCAGGAAAUACAAUUGAAUCAUGCAUAUCGGGUAUAUUUAUAAAACAUGUUUUACCUGAUUCCCCAGCUGGACGUGAUGGUACAUUGAAAACGGGUGAUCGUAUACUCGAUGUAAAUGGAUAUGAUCUACGUGAUGCAUCACAUGAUCGUGCCGUUGAGAUAAUUCGUGCUGCUCAAUCACCUGUUCAUUUCAUAGUACAAAGUUUACUUGAUCCAGCAAAUCCUACGUCAUCAACAAUUGAUUAUUCAUCUAUAAAUGUUUCUCACAUUCCAACUAAUUCUCUAUCGCAAAAUAAAAGUUUAACUACUAACCAAAAUCUUUUAAUAAAUGAACGCAAAACUGAUGAAUUCAGUAAACAAUAUGGACAUUUAAAUGGUGAUUUAUUUUUUAUUGAUAUCAAAAGAAAUAUAACCGAAAUUAAUGAACCACUUGGACUUUCUCUGAUUGGACAUCGGGAUUCAAACAAAUUAGCUGUUUUUGUUUGUGAUAUUCAAUCUGGUUCGUUACUUGAUCGUGACAAUCGCAUACGUCCAGGCGAUCAAUUACUUGAAGUUAAUGGUGAAAUUCUUUUGGGUAAGGCACAUUCAGCAGUGACACCAAUUAUUAAGUCGAUUAAAGCUGAUACAUUAAAUUUCGUCGUACUUCGAAAUCCCGAUUCAAUCAAUGAUAUGGCUUUUAGCAAUCAACAUGCUGCAGCACGUAUACGAGUAUCAACGAUGGCAUCGACUGGUGUUCAAAUCUGUUCAACAUCUCUCAAAUCACCACAAAAGCAAAUAUCAUCAUUAUCAUCAUCGUUAGAACCCACACCAGAACAACAGACGACAAAUGAUGUCAGCCAUCAUGCCCAUGUCCCCAGGCACCAAACGGAUGCCUAUGAAUAUACAAAUGACGAGAUUGAAAAUAUAAAAAAUAAGAAUAGUAGAACAUGUUCUAUACCACAAACAACAACAACAACAACAAAAGAUGAAAAAUUAUCAGUUGAUGAAGAAAUGCUAAAAUCAUCGUCGUCGUUGUCGUCUAAUCGAAUAAUAACAACUACUGACGUUCAAAGCGACAACAAUGAAGUUUCAUCAUUCAAUCAUAAUAUUAGUAGUAAUGCCACGACCACGAUGUUACAUUCUAUUUCUUCCGAUAUAAGUUCUCCUACUCGUCGUUUCAUUCCAUCUUCAUUCGAUCAACAAUCGUCUGCAUAUGAAAAUGACGAAUCAAUGUCGACACUACUGCCAUCAAUGACAACAACUUCAUCUUCUGUGUUAAUGCAUGAGCAAGCAAAUCUUGAAGAUGAUAAAUAUUUAGAAAAUAAAAUUCAAUCGUACAAAGAUAUUUCCAUUGAUAAUCAACAAACCAGAGCCUCUACCACAGGCAAUGCUUCAGAGAAAAAUCAAAAUGAAGUAUCACCCAAAAAUUCUUUUUCAGUUCCGCAAUCAAACGAAUUAGAAAGCCAGAAAAAUAACAUAUCGCCUUUAGAUGUCAAUAUGUCAUCACCUAAUAAACAAAAUAAAGAUGAUAAUUCACCAGAAAUACUAGCAUUACCCAUAAAAACAACAGCGAACGGUGCUGUUACAUCGCCUAUUUCUAUCAUGUCGUCAUCUUCGAGUUCUUCAUCAUCACUUUCAGUUUCAACACCAUCAUCAACUGAGCAUACAACUCGAAAAUCAAUAGCAUCUUCAUCAGUACAAGUACCUCGACGUUCCUCAAUGUCAGUACAAGGUACAUCAAUCACACUUAUAUUAAAUAAGGAUCAGAAAGGUUCGUUUGGUUUAACGUUAACUCAACAUGAUGAUGCAAUAUGGGUGCAAAGUGUUCAACCCCAUGGAGCUGCUGAUCAACAAGAUAUUCGAGCCGGUGACCAAUUAGUUCAAAUAAAUGGAACACCAGUUGAAGUAUUAAAAUUCAAUGAUAUACAGGAUAUGUUAGAACAUGCAAAUAGUAACCAAAUACAUUUAACAUGUUUACCAUAUCGAGAACCUCAAACUCAACCAGUUGUUGUUAGUAUAAAUCAAGCCGAAAGUCUACCAACAUUAAUUCCAAAUGAUAUGGAUACUAUAUCAGAAGAUGAUCCGCGUGUACGAUCUAUACUUGUGGGACAAGAGACAUUAGUUGAAAUUGACCGCGGUCAUUCUGGACUUGGUCUUUCAGUUGUUGGUGGAUCAGAUACACAAUUGUCAGCAAUUAUUAUUCAUGAUAUUUAUGAAGGUUGUGCUGUACAACGGGAUGGCCGAUUACUUGUUGGUGAUCAAAUACUCGAAGUUAAUUCCAUUGAUUUGCGUUCAGCAACACACGAAGAAGCUAUUGAAGCAUUACGACAAGCAACAACUGUUGUUCGUAUACUUGUUUUACGAGGAAAAGCUCUAGAUGAAAUGACGAAUGAACAAGAUAAAUUUGACAUCAUAACAAUUGAUCUAAUUAAAAAAUCUGGGAAAGGACUUGGAUUCAGCAUUAUUGGACGACGACAUGGUUAUGGUGUAUUUAUUUCGCAUAUUCUCGAAGGUGGAUGUGCAGAAAAAGAUGGUCGACUAAUGUCUGGUGAUUUAAUUCUUGAAGUAAAUGGACAAGAUUUAAGAACUGCAGCCUAUGAACAUGUUGCCUAUACACUCAAAACACUUCCACAUGGACGAGUCAAUAUAAAAAUUGGACGUCUUAAACCAAGUGUUCGCGUACAAAAUCGACCAAAUUCAGUACCCAAUGAACGUAAAAAUCGAUCACGUUCAUCAUCAUCAAAUUUUCGACGUUCAUCAGCAACUAAAAUAAAUGAUAGAUGA